AUGACAGGUUCUGGUUCUCCUUGUGGAGCCUGCAAAUUCUUGAGGAGAAAAUGUGUGAGAGGUUGUGUUUUUGCACCUUAUUUUUGCCAUGAACAAGGUGCUUCCCAUUUUGCAGCCAUUCACAAGGUUUUUGGUGCAAGCAAUGUUUCAAAGCUUCUUGCUCAUCUCCCUGUCAAUGACCGUUGUGAAGCUGCAGUCACCAUCUCAUAUGAAGCUCAAGCUAGGCUUCAAGAUCCCAUUUACGGCUGCGUUUCGCAUAUUUUUGCUCUUCAACAGCAGGUUGUGAAUCUACAGGCACAACUUGCUUCUCUGAAGGAACAAGCAGCUCAAAGCUUUAUCAAUGGCUCUGCUCCUGCAAACCCUAAUGACAAAUAUUUUGGAAAGCUUCCUUCGCACCCACAAGAUAUUCACAGUUGGUUUCACCAAGAAAAUUCAAACAUUGAGUCACAGUUUAUUCCAAACCUUAACAAUCAUUCCACAACAAAUCCAUACUGUGAAAAUAGAUUCAAUAUGAAUCCAAACUCUUUCGGAAAUUAUGAAAAUUCAGUCAUUUCAGGAGAAGAUGUCUCAUUUGCUAGCUUCGGAGAGGGUUCGCAUUCCAUGAGUACAUUUGACAUGCAAACAGACAACUGGCAAUGGACUUUCAAAGACACUGAUGAUCUUCAAACUGUGGCCUUUGGUUAUAUUCAGAAUUCUUGAGAGAUGGGCUUCAGCGACAGAAACAUAUAAUUGGUGAAGACUACUCUGUCAAUUUUGAAAUAUUGCUGCUGCAUACUUUGAGACAUGCACUUUUGUUGCCAUAAAUAAAA